AUGGACAGCCAACAGACUCGAAAUCAGGGAUAUCAAUCCCGAAAUCCGAAUCCCAAUGGAACGUCUAACAGUAACACUCUCAAGCCUGAGACAGUCGGAUACUUCAACCCUUCCCUCAAGGACCCUCAUAAUACUGGCAUUAUUGCCGUAGGAAAGUACACAGUCUUCACAAACAUCUUUCCAUUCACAGAUCGCCUAAGACAGCUCGCUGUUUCCCAUGGAGAAGGCAAUGUCAAGGCGGUAUGGAUAAAUUGUCUCCAAGAGACAGCUUUGGCGUGGUACUCUAUGGAACUCACGGAUAUAGAGAAAGAUGCUCUCCAGAAGUUGAGCUUGGAUUGGGUUAUCCAUCAGCUCAUCAAAGCGUUUCGCAAAUCACCUAGCAAUGCUUUGCAGAGUCUAAAAUCGGCCUCCUUCACCUUACUAGAUCUGAAGAGAGGCAAGGGGUUAAGACCUUUUGUUUAUAGCAUUAUUCAAGAUGCUAGAGCCUGUGACUUACCGCCCAAGAUCCAGUUGCUGUAUGCUUUCGAGGCGUUUGAUGCUGAGAUCCAAUCCCAGCUUUUAAAGCCUACAGACAAUACCACCCUCGGAGCAUUCUUUCAACAUCUUGACGAUAGGGAGAGCGUUCUUCUAGCAAAGGCUAGACAGGUAUCUACAUCCCAGAAUCUCCAGCUUCAGCCAGAUUACUCCCAAUACCGACAGACAUACCCCAACCAGGCUGAUAAUAGAAAUCCAUACCUACCCCCCACCUUUAUUAAUUCAAGCCAUAAUCACAACUUCGGGGCACAAGGGCAUCUGCAGCAAGGUCUAACACUGUAUGUGAGCUCCAACGCCGGAAAUACCAGCCAACAAGCACAGCCGGCCAUCCCAACGCAAAGGGGAUUCCAAGGAUAUUCUAGAAGCCACGUCAAGCCUCUUUCAUACCCUGCGGACAACGAAGACUCAUAUACAGACCCAGGGUCCCCAGGUACGGAUAUUUACAGAAAUGGGCCUUUCGGAGAUUCCCAAAAUCGAGACCCUUUAUGGCAAGCUAUGGAUAAUCUACGAAGAUUUGAGUUCGAAGAUUUCAGAGAUUCCCAAGCCCAGUUCAAGGAACAUAGUAUAAGAUACAGAACCGCCGCAGAAAAUGUAAAAGUACAAAGCGACUUCCAAGUUACACCACAUUUCAGUACAGUGAGUGCUCGAGCAGAAAGUUCGGUAUGCGAUAUCUACGACAAAUCGAGGGGGUUGUCUGCCCAUUAUCGCGGUGAAUAUUUCGAGAUCACUGCCAGUUUUCAAGGCGUACCGCAUCAGAACCCGUCACAGAUCUCAGAGUCAAGCCGUUUGAUUACUGAGCUGGAUUCUUCAGAAUCGGACCCCGCAGAGGCAGAAUCAGAACAUCUAUUCGAUGAUGGAUCCCCCUUCAAUUGUCCUGAGCCUCCAGCUGAGUUCCAAAACCAUGAUUAUGGAGAUCAAAGCCACCACGAUGACCACUGCGGCUAUGAUUACCACUACGACUAUAAUAACUACGACGACCAGGAAAGCUAUGAUAACCAUGGCUGCGAUAAUGACGACGAUAAUGGCUCUGACGACUAUGAUGACAGUGAUAGUUAUGGUAGUUAUGAUGACUAUAGCGAGUGUGAUGACUCUGACGUCGACUGA